AUGUCCGGGGACCACCCUCGUCGCCCAGUUGAUGAGCAGAUCGACUCGGUGUUGCCGGAGCUCUCACACCUGGACGCGCUCCUGUCCACAUUCAUCGACUCACCAAGUCAUCAGUCAUCAGUUCAUCACUCCACACGGCACUCUACCUGCCUCCCUGCCGCCACGAAAAAAAACCCACCGCCCGCUUCCGUCGUACGGGCACUCGCCUGCGCCGCGCGGAGGAGAGCGACGAAGAUGGCCGCCCCGCCGGCGGUCGACGUCAUCCUUCACAACGCGACCGUCGUCACCGUGGACGGCGCGCUCCGCGUCCUCCGUGACGGCGCCGUCGCGGUCGCCGGCGACCGCAUCGCCGCCGUGGGCCCCUCCGCCGACGUCCUCGCCGCCUUCCCCGGCGCCGCGCAGACCCUCGACCUCGGCGGCCGCAUCGUCCUCCCUGGAUUGGUGAACACGCACGUGCACACGUCGCAGCAGCUGGCGCGGGGGAUCGCCGACGACGUUGACCUGAUGACGUGGCUGCACGGGAGGAUCUGGCCCUAUGAGUCACACAUGACGGAGGAGGACUCCUACGCUUCCACCCUCCUCUGCGGCAUUGAGCUCAUCCGGUCCGGGGUGACAUGCUUUGCUGAAGCAGGUGGGCAGUUUGUUUCAGAAAUGGCACGGGCAGUGGAGUUGUUAGGCUUGCGGGCAUGUUUGACAAAGUCAACGAUGGACUGUGGUGAGGGUUUACCUCCAAAUUGGAGUUCAUGCUCCACUGAUGAUUGCAUUCAGUCACAGAAGGAACUAUACAAAAAGCAUCAUAAUACAGCUGAUGGGCGUAUCAGGAUAUGGUUUGGGUUGAGACAGAUCAUGAAUGCAACGGAUCGUUUACUGCUUGAAACAAGAGAUGUUGCCCUGAAGCUAAAUACUGGAAUUCAUAUGCAUAUUGCAGAAAUACCAUAUGAAAAUCAGCUUAUAGUGCGGACCAAAGGAAUUGAUCAUGGCACGGUGACAUAUUUAGAGAAAAUUGAUUUUCUGAGGAGUAAUUUGCUGGCUGCCCACUCUGUCUGGUUGAAUGAACCUGAGAUAGGGCAUUUUUCAAAGGCUGGUGUCAAGGUUUCUCACUGCCCUGCAUCUGCCAUGCGGAUGUUGGGGUUUGCUCCUAUUAGAGAAAUGCUGGAUUCUGGUGUUUGUGUCUCCCUUGGUACAGAUGGAGCACCAAGCAAUAACAGAAUGAGCAUUGUGGAUGAGAUGUACCUAGCAUCCCUAAUCAACAAAGGUCGUGAGGCAUACAUCAGUGGAACUACUAACCCAACUGCUCUUCCUGCUGAGACUGUAUUGGAGAUGGCUACUAUUAAUGGCGCAAAAGCAGUUCUGUGGGAUAAUGAAAUAGGUUCGCUGGAGGUCGGGAAAAAGGCAGACUUGGUUGUCGUGAAUCCAUUUAUAUGGUCCAUGGUCCCCUUACAUGACAGCAUUGCCAACAUUAUCUAUUGCAUGAGGACAGAGAAUAUAGAGUCUGUCAUGUGCAAUGGUCAGUGGAUUAUGAAGGAUCAUAAGAUCAUGAGUCUCAAUGAGGAGGAGGUAAUUUCUUCAGCUGUGAAAAGAGCGAAUGACCUCCUUGAGCGAGCUGGCAUCAAUCUCCCCAAACGGAUGAACUACGUGUAGUUGUUACCUUGCCCUCUCGUCAUGGACUGCCACGCCACCACGCCCGUUGCGGUGUUGCAGAGGAUGCACGCAGGCCUGGCAGCAUUUGUCUAGUCUUCUUCCACUUCUUGUGGGAGUCGAGACAUGUUUAGAGCAUUGUCGCCAUGACUUAAAUUUUUUUUUCAGUACCAGAAUCUAAAAUAAUGUAAAGUAGCAUGUGUAGCGUCUGGAAUAAUAGCAUCACGGCAGUCUCGAAUUGUACAAGGGUCCCUUUGGUUAAGCUUUGGUUAAGCUGUGGAAGUGCUUUUGCUUUCAAGAAAAGUCAAAAGUUAAAUCAAAGGGGUGAGCUUCCAAACCCCUACUUCCACAAAAGCAACUUUUUUUA